CUCUGCAGCUUCAGAGCGGUGUGUGACUCAGAGUUUAUCCGACAGAAGAAGCUUCUCUCCGGACAGAAGUCUCAGUUCUUCCCGUGUUUCUCACUCUAAUCCCGGGAUAAAAAUCAUGUCUCUGCCGCGGCAGCUCCGGGACGAGAGUGACUUCGACCAGCUUCCUCACAACAUCCCCAUCAGCGCCACCAUCGCCGACAUCGAGGAGAAGAAAGGCUUCAUCGACUACUUCCUGUUUGUGAUCGAGGUGAGGACUAAAGGCGGGGGGAAGUAUCUGAUCUAUCGGAGGUACAGAGAUUAUUUCAACCUGCACCAGAUCCUGGAGUCCAGAUAUUCCCCUGAAGACCCCGAGAGACCCGGACCCAACACCUGCACGAUGCCUUCACUGCCCGGUAAAGUCUUCCUGGGCAACAAGAGGGAGAUAGCAGAGAGCAGGAUCCCUGAACUCAACACGUACAUGAAGAGGCUGCUGGGUCUCCCAACAUGGCUGCUAUUGGACGAGGCUCUCCGGAUGUUUUUCUAUCAGACGGAGCAGGACGGGCAGCAUCAGCCCAGAGCUCUCAGGAGACUCCGACCCCCCACCCGAAAAGUGAAGACGGUGAAGCCGAAGAUGGACGUUUUCUCCUCCCCCCGUGCAGAGGUGAUGUUUGAGUUUCGCGGCAACAGCAAAGCGGAGUUGGACCUGAAGAAGGGAGACGUGAUCUUCCUGCUGCAACGAGUCAACGCUGACUGGCUGGAGGGCACCGUGAACAAUCAGACAGGUAUUUUCCCACAAUCCUUUGUGAAGAUCAUUAAGCCGCUCCCAGAGAGUGAGGUGGAGGCAGAGGCUGGAGCUCCGACCUACAGCUGCCUGCGCUGCUUCCUGCUGACGCCCUCCGGAGUCCAGACCAGAGAUGUGUGUGUACAAGAAGACCUGACCAUCCAGCCGACGUACAAGGAGCUGCUGUCUCGUAUGAGGAACGUCUUCAAGGAGGACGACAUCUCCAUAAACUACCGCGACGCCGAGGGCGACCUGAUCCGGCUUCUGGAGGACGAGGACGUGCAGCUGAUGAUCCGAGAGAGCCGAACGCAGAGAGACAGAAUCAAGAGGCCGGCCAAUCAGUUCCUGUGGGAAAUCCACGUGAGCGCGACCUCUGACCUCUCCGUGUACAACUCCGAGGCCUGAGAGGAGUCAGAUAAGGUGUUUACAGAAGAUAUUUAGUAUUAUAAUAACAGAUCAGUGUGGAUAUCUGAUCCUUUGCCUUCAUGUGACAGAUGUCCCUGUUUCAGUUAUUGGACGUAAUAAACUAAUUUAAUUACAUUUUAAAUGCUUUCUUUUUUUCCUACUGCACUCGAUAUAUUACAGUCGGGCCACGUGGAGAAAAAUGUAGAUCUGACAAAAAGUGAAUUACAUUUUUUGAGUUCUGAGAUUUUCAGUAAAAAUACAUUCUCACAGUUUUUUUUCUCUAAGAAUAUAUUCUGAAAUAAAUGAAACGUAAUGUUUUUAAGAAUUCUAGUCAUUUAUUUUUUUCUCGAAACAUGAGCCUGAGAGGAGUUUAGAGAAAGCAUCUACAGAAGAUAUUUAGUGUUAUUAUAACAGAUCAAUGUGGAUAUCUGAUCCUGCAAGUUAUAUAUGUCACUGUUUCAGUUAUUGGACGACACAUUUCACUUCGUAAUAAACUCCUUUAAUUACUGUA